AUGUUCAAGCGGCGCGUGUGCCAAUUGGCCCUGCCGAGGCAUCGGCCGACCUCUACGCCUCGACUGCCUCAGAGGUUCUUUUCGACGGGAUCCGGAAGGACAGCCUCGCAACGUGCGACCCCGGCGGUGUGGGCUGCGGCGGCUGUGGUGACUGUCUCGAUUGCGUCGUAUGCCUUGACCCAGCAGACGCCCAAGCAGUUCGACACCCGCUCUCUCGCCGAGCUCGAUGAGCGGACCAAGCGCGAGCAAGGUGUGACGCUCGACUCGCCGAUGCGUCUGCGCAUGGAGGAGUUCAUCCGCCAGAAGCAGGAGGAGAUCGUCUUCGCCCUCGAGAAGAUCGAUGGCAAGUCUUUCCGCAAGGACACCUGGGAACGGCCAAACGGCGGCGGCGGCCUGUCAAUGGUGUUGCAGGAUGGCAAUGUGUUCGAGAAGGGAGGCGUCAACAUCAGUGUCGUCUACGGAGAGCUGUCAAAGGCCGCCAUCGAGAACAUGCGCGUCAACCACAAGAACAUUGCCGAGGGCGUCGACAAGCUGCCCUUCUACGCGCUGGGCCUGAGCAUGGUGCUGCACCCAAAGAACCCCAUGGCUCCCACGGUGCACAUGAACGCUCGUUACUUUGAGACCAUGCGCGCGGACGGCACCACGGAUGCCUGGUGGUUCGGAGGCGGCAGCGACCUGACGCCAAGCUACCUGUUCGACGAGGAUGCGGUCCACUUCCACAAGACGCUGAAGGAAGGGUGCGACAAGCACAACAAGGAGUUCUACCCGCGUUUCAAGAAGUGGUGCGACGAGUACUUCAACAACAGCCACAGAGGCGAGCGGAGAGGCAUCGGCGGCAUCUUCUUCGACGACCUCGAUGAGACCGAGACGGACCAAGAAAACGGCUUCGCCUUCGCAAAGGAGGUCUUGAACAGCUUUUUGCCGUCAUACCUCCCCAUCCUCGAGAAGCGCAAGGACCUGCCGUUCACGCAGCAGGAGAAGGACUGGCAGCAGAUCCGCCGCGGCCGCUACGUCGAGUUCAACCUGGUUCACGACCGCGGAACCGCCUUCGGCCUUACGGUCCCGGGGUCCCGGGUGGAGAGCAUCCUGAUCAGCCUGCCGCUGACGGCGCAGUGGAGAUACAUGCACGAGCCUGCUCCCAACAGCCGCGAGUCUCGGCUUCUUGAGGUGCUGAAGAACCCCAAGGAGUGGGUUUGA